AUGUCAUUCAGGGAUAAAUUAGAAAAAUUUGCUUCAGAGCCACUCCUGCCACGAGAAGACUUAAAGGCAUUCAAGACAGCAAUUGGGUUUCUCGAUUUGAUGGCUGAGCACGAGAAUGAGAAUUUGUCUUAUCAAAUGCUUGAUAAGGACGGGAAAAUUUUUAAAAGAACACCUUCCUCGGUAGAGGCAGAGAUUAGGAAACUCGAGAGCUAUUUGGCAACUCUCGAUUCCAGUUUUCCAAGAUAUUGGGCAGUCAAGUUGCAACUUACAUACCUUGGACACAAGGAUAGAUGUGAGAUGGUUUCUAAACAACGCGAUUCUUUGGAAGGAAAUGCCAAAAUACUAGGCUUAGAGGCGGUUUAUGAUACCCUCUUGGAUCUGCGGUCCAAGAAUUGGAAAGCCAUUGAAGAGAGACUCGAUGCAAUUGCGAGAAGGACCCGUAAACAUAAGUUUUAUAGACUGGCUUUUCGAAUAAUUGCCAACAACAAAAGACCAGAAGAUGCGAUGUUCACAGAGAGAUUGAAGGACCUUCAUCAAAUUCGCAGAGUAUCAAAAGAUCAUCUCAAUAUCGAUGGCUCAAGUUUCAAAUAUGGCGAUGUUGAUCUCGAAGAAGUUAAGUGUAUGGCCACGAAAAAAUGGGGAUCGGAAAUUUUUCGGAAAGCCGUUCAUAUUGGUCCAUCACGAGUAAGCACGGCCGAAAUGACUUUGAUGUUUGGCGUCAAAUGGGCUUCUAAUUCUGCGUUGGGAACAUACGAUCCCAAGAAUGGUUUAGUUUUCGAAAAACAAAUUGCAGACGCUUGGGAGGCAUGUCAAAUCUGUAUUGUACCACUUGUCAACACGAACCUUGAGUUCACAACAUGGGAAUUUCGGAUAAUGGACUCGAACCUGUUCAAAUGCAAACAUCUGGAGCUCAAUUGUUUGUUUGAGGACAUUCAUGGACGUCAGUUGGAAGAUAGAUCUAUUCCACGAAUAGACUGCCUACAGUUCCACUGGUUUCUUUGUCUGGCUAUAUCAAAAAGGAAGAAAUUUGAUCAGCAAAGAAUUGAAGCGGAAUUGAUUUAUGGCACGCGAGCUUGGUCUGUAAUAGAUUCGACGCGUCAAGUGAAAGGAGCAUUGAUCUCACCCCUAAGUAAAGCUGUUGGUCGUGAACUCCCUCUUGGUCUAACGACUUGGAACAACUAUGACAUUAAGCUUUCAGAUUAUGCAGAAAUUGAAGGAUUGAUGUCAAGAAUCUGCGAUGUGCCGGAUGCGACACCGGAAUUAGAAGAAGGGGGGAGCGGGCAUUAG